CCGGUACCCUGUCCCUCACUCUGGACUUGACCUGACUCCAUCAGACUCGGGGUGCCUGUGCCCUGUUCUGUCUUUUUCCGAGACUGGUUGCUCCUGAAGAAACUGGACAGGGCUGAAGUCUCUUGGGGGCUCAGCAUGGAUGAUGUUUGUUGAACAAAUAAAUGAAUGCAUGGGUUGGGAGUCAACUGAGCUGAGACCAGGAACGGACACCAGUUCCUCUUCCCCUGAGUCGCUGGCUACAGAGCCUGAAGAGCGCCAGGCACCACAGUGGAUCCGGAUCCGCGGAGGGUCAGACCCUCUGACCCCCGCGUCCAGGUGAGCCAGGACGCAGCCCCUCCGCGCCGGAGACUUCUAGCACGACCGAGGCCAAGGCGUGGCAGGGGGACCAGAAAGGUUGCCUGCAUGGGGGGCGCCCUGGUAUGGGUGCUGUUGUUGCCGCUGCUGCUGCUGCUGCAUCCAGGCAGCCAGGAAUUGUCGUGCCCCGUGUCCUCGGGGGAUGUGGACUGGACCAGGGAGUUCACGGACACAUGCCUGAACUUCAGUGGCCAAAGCCUGAGCCUGCUGCCUCAGAACCAGUCUCUGCAGGCCAGCAGUGUGCUUCUUCUCGACCUGUCUGGGAAUGGCCUUCAAGAGCUCCCACCGCUUUUUUUUGCUCACCUGGGAAAGCUGCAGGUCCUGGAUGUGACCAACAACCCCCUGGACCCCGUGGGUAGGGCACUGGCCGAACGCUGUGACCUUGACCUGAGGGCUGACUGCAGCUGUGUCCUAUUACCCUGGCACAAAGUCCGGCGGGACAACUGCUCUGGCUCACUGCCUCUGCGGUGCCUGGAUGUGUCCACCAGUGCCUGGCACAACGUCUCUGCCUUCUUGGAAGUGGGCUGCGCCCCUCGCCUGACCAUGACAACCAUAGGAGCGCUGGUGGCCAGUGGAAGCCUGUUGCUCGUGCUUGCCAUUGCUGGCCCAGCGCUGGCGUGGAGACUCUGUAGACAUCGGGUAGGCAGUAGCCGGGGCAUGAGCAAAACGUGGGCUGCUCAGAAUGGUCCCAGCUCUGGCUCGGGCCAGCAGCCACGGUACAGUAGCCGGGGCCUCAGCCCUAAGCUCCCAGCAGCCACCCGGCCCGGAUCUUCCACUUCUGACUAUGAGAACAUGUUUGUGGGCCAACCAGCUGCCAGGUACCAGUGGGCUGAACACAGGCCUCACCCUUCAGAGGACAGCGACUUCUACAUGAACUAUAAGAGCCUCCACCAUGAUUCCCAGCCUGUCUACUGCAACUUGCAGUCGCUGGGCCAGGCCCCACUGGAUGAAGAGGAGUAUGUGAUCCCUGGACGCUGAGCCUUCAACAUCUCAAACUCCAGCCUACCCCCUUCCAGGUGACUUUGGGCACCCUGGAUCUUCCCUGGCCUCAGUCUUCCCAUCUGAGGAAUGGGACCAGGGAAGGAUCAUCCUUGAGGCCCCAGGGAGGCUCUGCAGCCCCCUCUCUAGACCACUCUGCUCCUCAGGCCACUCGGCUGCUAGAAGUGGAGAAGGAGAGACCCCGACACAGGGAUGGGAGGGUCAACGUGUGAACUCUGUCGUCACCCUCCUGUUGGUGUGCAAGUAUUGCCCAAUAAAUUCUGCGGGACAGAUGAGGCUGCUGGGCUCCCAAGACAAGAGCUCUGGGACUCCCAAAUU